AUGCAAACUCGUAGCAAAACUAAAAGUAAAGUACAUGUGUUUUCGAGCAUUUUUUGUGGAGAACUCAUUGUAAUUAAUGAAAAAAUAUCUUUCGUAGAGGAUGUUCCACCCACUAUUGCUAGCACAUCUAACACACCAAGUGUUCCACACCUACGAAAGGAACUAUCUAUGUCCAGUGGUAAAGUAAACUUAUUACAAGUACCGUUUGUGGAGAAGUCACUAAUUGCUUUCUGCGAAAAAACAGGUCUCGAAAACCUUCAGUUAGGCCCCUCGUCACCUCCUACCAAAAUCUGGGUCAAGUAUGGUAAUAACCAGCCAGUAAAAAUUGUUUUCGAUGGAGAGGAUGUAGAUGACUUAAAAGAAGCAAUCAAGAAGAAACUGUCACCCAAGUUGAAUGACGUGGCAGUCGACGACAUUACUUUAAGAAGACACGGUGAAAAGGUAGACCUAGAUCCUGACCUUGCUGUGGACCAGAGCUUUAAGAAUAACGCAAGUACAUCUCUACAAGUCAUCGUAAAUGCACCUGCGACGUUAAAACGUAAACGUGAAGAGUCAUCAGAAGUUUUAAACGAGAUCGUAAAAACAAUGCAGGAAGGAUUCUCCCAGCUUAAGUCUGUUGAGAUAAUCAAAGCAUCGAGUCUCCCGGAAGAUAGAGCAAGGGAUCUAGCGGGACAUCUUGGAUUAACAUUUUUGGAUGUCUUAGAGACAGCCUAUAAACCUAUCGAACCCAUAUCAUGCGAACCAUUCGAAUGGAAUAUGGAAAUUAGUGAAGAUCGUCAAAUGUCCGAAGUUGUGGAAUGGUUUAAGGAUGCAUUAAAUUUAUCAGAAGAUUUUCAUGUUCGGGAUGUCCAUAAUAGAAGUGGUUAUAACCGACAUAUACCAAGUGCUAAUGUCACUUUAACAGGUGGUACCGAUAUUUCUAUUGGACCAAGCGCUACCCCCUGUGUUUGGGUUGAAACUAAGAAAAGGAAGGAGAAUUUUAAGGAAGGUCAAGCUAUCGGAGAAUUAUUUUUAAUUGACAAGUUGUAUCCUACAAAAUCUAUGUCUGUCUUAACUGAUUGCAAAGACAAUUGGAUGAUUUACUUUUUUUCGGAGACAGAGGACAAGAAGCGACAUUUAACAUCAUCUAAAAUUGAUAGUCACGGUAUUGCUUUGGCAAUAAUUAAACAGUUCGUACUUGAUGAAUGGAAAACUGUUCGAAAUGUAGCUGGGCCAAAUAUUAUAUAUCAAACAAAUUUACCCGCACCACUUACAAAGAAAAUAAAGCUUGAAUCUAUACCCGAUGAGGUUGAUGACAGAAUGGCAGACGUAAUCGAUAAUAUGACGGGAAAAGAACUAUUUAACAUGUCAAUGCGCAAUAGAUUAAAAUUAGCAAAAAGUAUUAUUAGAAUAGAGGAACAACCAAUUAUAGAUCAGUUUAUUAGGCAGUUUAGUGAUGAUUAUGAAAAUCCGCCACCAUUGAUGUACGCAUAA